AUGUUGGCUGAAGGAAUCCUAACACGGCUCAUCUAUAGAGAAAGCUUCCAUCAAGAUAAGCCUCCCAAAUCUCCGGCAUCCCAAAAGCCUAAAGAGGGAAUCUGGAGACAGAAACUUGCAGACAUCCCAAAACUUCAAGUCUUUGGUGACGGAUGUGAGAAGCAAGAUGAGCUGUGUGCUAGAAGCAGCAAACUGGAAGCAGAGAGAGGUCCUGGAGGGGGAUCCAUGAAGGAGGAGCCUGCAAAAGAUCAGGAUGUGCUUGUUAGAGGAACUGUAUCCCCAGCUCUACGUAUCCCCAGGAGAGAGCUGAGCACAGCCCAGGUGGAUCUGUACACAUCCUGGCCAUGCAACAGCAUUUACCACCACUACCCUGACCUGCAGAUCGGGGGGGACCGUGUGGGGGGUCACACCUGUGAUUCAGGCUGUGUCCUGGACCAUGUGUGUGAUGAGCUGCCUGAUGGCCCUGUCUUACUCUCCAUAGACAUCCCCCCUGGCCAGUCCCCUCCCUGUGAGCAUCCCAAGCAGCCCAGUGUGCUGUCCCUGCCUGAAGAUGAAGCUGGAGAGAGGAGCAUUGUGCUGUGUGAGGAGCCUCUCUCCAACUCCAUCCUCAACAAGUACAUGGAGACAAAAGUGGCAGAGCUCUACAAGCAGUUCUUUGAGGAGAACCUGACCAGGUGUGGUUCUGUAACAAACCUCCUCUCCUGCAGCUUCAUCAGGAACAACCUGAACCACAUCAGCUUCCAGCUCUCCCAGGAGCACAACAUGGAAAGCUCCAAAGCCAGAGGAGCUCUCCUGCACUCCUUAGCUUUGCUUAGUUUGCACAAUGCUCCCACCAGAAAUAGCUCUGAGUUCAGCACUCCAAACCUGCAAAUCUCCAACCCAGAGUGUGGGAAACUGAGCUGCAGGAGGCAGUUCACAUCCUGA